UGCCAGCAUGUCCUAGUGAUAGUAACCUCUUCUGUAACCAUAUCUCCAACGUCUAGACUGGGAAUCUUAUUCUGAAACUUUUUUUCGUAGGUAAACUCCACAGGUUAUUGGAAAUCCAGAUCCCGAAGAGAUGAAGUGGGACUUGGUGAUAUUGUUUCUCCGACUUCUCUUACAGGCAUCUCCCAGUUUUUCAACGGAUGCUGAGCCAGAAAUUCUUGACCUUCUGUCUUUAUCGGAGCACAGAAGUUAUGUGGACCUGCUCCAGCAAGCACUCACUGAUACUCCAGCAGUAAAUGAGAUCUAUAUUGCGUCAACGUUCAAACUACAACCAAAAACUCUAGCAGCCAUUUUCGGACUUUAUUCCACAAGGAGCAAUAUUAGAUACUUCGAAUUUUCAGUUUUGGGUCGAUUGAAUAAAGUCAGCGUCCGAUAUUUGAAAAACGACGGGAAGCCACAGGUGACCACAUUUCACAAUAUUCAUCUGGCUGAUGGGAAGCGCCAUGCUGUCCUACUGCAGAUAAAGGGGCUGCAGCGUGGGCCUGCCACGGCUGAACUCUAUGUUGACUGCACCCAGGCAGGUUCAGCUCACAACUUGCCACCGCUGUUCACAAAGAUGCCACAGAAUGCAGACUCCAUUGAAAUCCGGACCGCCCACAGAAGAGCACAGGACUCUGUCGAAGAUGUGAAGUUCGUCCUGGGAGGGUCAAUUGAUAAAGUGGCAGCACUUCAGGAUUGCAUGUUACAACAGAGUGAUUCUGCUGGGAUUGUAGGUGAUGCAGGAAGACAUUUGGUUGUGCAAAUGACACAGCUCAAUGAAGUGCUUGCAGAAAUGAAGCAGCUUCUCAGUCAGCAGGUUGCAGAAACCACCUUGCUGCGACAUAUCAUUGCUAAAUGUCAGGCAUGUGAUAUUGGAUUAACUGACCUGGAAGAACUCAAUCAACGUCUUGUGGUCCCCACCAUUCCUAAACCGCGCUGUGCUGCUGAUUCCUGUUUCCGUGGAGUGAAAUGUACAGAGACUCAGGGUGGAUUCCGGUGUGGACCAUGUCCUAAAGGGUUUGUAGGCGAUGGAAUUCGAUGUACUGAUGAAGAUGAGUGUCAGAUAAGCCCAUGUUCUGCUGGAGUUCGCUGUGUGAACACCUUCCCUGGAUACAAGUGUGAGGAUUGUCCAGCAGGUUACACUGGUCGGAGUGUUCAAGGGGUGGGAUUGGAAUAUGCAAGAUUAAAUAAACAGGUCUGCGUUGAUAUAGACGAAUGUAGUGACGGAAGAAAUGGAGGCUGUGCUCCCAAUUCCCAGUGUAUCAACACUAUGGGAUCGUUCAGAUGUGGAGACUGUCAGAGCGGAUAUGUAGGAGACCAACUGAGAGGCUGCAAGCCAGAGAAGAGCUGCAACAACAGACUCCUGAACCCCUGCCACACUAAUGCACAGUGCUUUCUGGAAAGAGACGGGAUCAUUUCUUGUAUUUGUGGAAUUGGUUGGGCUGGAAACGGCUACAUCUGUGGCAAAGAUACUGACAUUGAUGGAUAUCCAGACCAGGAGCUCAGGUGCCCUGAUAAGAGCUGUAGAAAGGAUAACUGCAUAUUUGUUCCUAAUUCUGGGCAAGAAGAUGCUGAUGGUGAUGGAGCAGGUGAUGCUUGUGACGACGAUGCAGAUGGAGAUGGCAUUUUCAAUGUGCAGGAUAAUUGUGUGCUGGUCCGUAACAUUAAUCAACUAAAUACUGAUGAAGAUAACUAUGGUGAUGCUUGUGACAACUGUCGAUUAUCAAUUAACAAUGAUCAAAGAGACACAGAUAGUGAUGGGAAAGGUGAUGCCUGCGAUGAUGACAUGGAUGGAGAUGGCAUAAAAAAUUUCUUGGACAAUUGCCAGAGAGUUCCCAACGUGGACCAGAAGGACAAGGAUAACGAUGGUGUUGGAGAUGCUUGUGACAGCUGUCCUGAUGUGAUCAACCCUAACCAGUCAGACAUUGACAAUGAUCUUGUUGGAGAUUCCUGUGAUACAAAUCAAGACAGUGAUGGAGACGGGCACCAAGACAGCAAUGACAACUGCCCCACCAUCAUUAACAGCUCCCAGCUCGACACAGAUAAGGAUGGGCUUGGAGAUGAGUGUGACGAUGAUGAUGAUAAUGAUGGAAUUCCAGAUGUUUUCCCCCCUGGCCCAGAUAAUUGUAGGCUGGUAGCCAAUCCAGGACAGGAGGAUGAUAACUUUGAUGGAGUUGGAGACAUUUGUGAAGGUGAUUUUGAUCAAGACACCAUCAUUGAUAGAAUAGAUGUUUGCCCUGAGAAUGCAGAAGUUACUUUAACGGAUUUCAGAGCAUACCAGACUGUUGUCCUUGAUCCUGAAGGGGAUGCACAAAUUGAUCCAAACUGGGUGGUACUUAACCAGGGAAUGGAAAUUGUGCAGACAAUGAACAGCGAUCCUGGCCUGGCGGUUGGCUAUACUGCAUUUAAUGGAGUUGAUUUUGAGGGUACGUUCCAUGUCAACACCAUGACUGAUGAUGAUUACGCUGGUUUCAUAUUUGGAUAUCAGGACAGCUCCAGCUUCUAUGUGGUGAUGUGGAAACAGACAGAGCAGACGUACUGGCAAGCUACCCCGUUCCGUGCUGUGGCUGAGCCAGGCAUCCAGCUCAAGGCAGUCAAGUCAAACACCGGACCAGGUGAGCAUCUACGAAAUGCGCUCUGGCAUACUGGAGACACCACAGAUCAGGUCCGACUACUAUGGAAAGACCCCAGAGAUGUAGGUUGGAAAGACAAGGUCUCUUACCGCUGGUUUUUGCAGCAUAGACCCCAAAUUGGAUAUAUCAGAGCAAGGUUCUAUGAAGGUUCCGAUCUGGUGGCUGACUCUGGAGUUACAAUAGAUACCACCAUGCGAGGAGGUCGACUGGGAGUCUUCUGUUUCUCUCAGGAAAACAUCAUCUGGUCCAACCUCAAGUACCGUUGCAAUGAUACUGUUCCGGAAGAUUUCCAAGAGUUUGGAGCACAGCAGUUGUAGCCAAUUACUUGCAAAAGGAAAGUGUAGAGGAGAAAUCCAUGUGGAGCUGGUCCUGAAUAUCUGAGUGGGAAAAACAGCUGUGAAAAAAAGAAAUGUGUUUAGCAAGAAAUGUUACCAAAGUUUAUGUCACAGAGAUGGACUGUCUCUGAGACAGGCAGGUUGGAUACACAUUAAAAAUUACAAUAAACCAUUUUAAGAAGCCAUGUUUAAUCACAUUUUUUGAUGUUUUACUUUAGCUUAAUGACAAAACAUAGAAAUUUGGUAUUAACUUACAAUUUUUAAAAUAAUUAAAUCAGCUAUUAAUGGCAUUUUUAUUUAUUGUUAUGACAUUGCAAAGUAGCUUUUCUUUCAUGUGGGCCUGCGUAUAAUGUCUUUCCUUUUUCUAUUUGUAAUCAGAUAUGGAUAACAGUAACAAGGCAGCAUUUAUCGUCAUUCUUAUAUUUGUAUUUUUGUAAAUGGCAGUGCUAUGUACUGGGCUGCUGGUAGAAGAAAGAAAAAAAGCAUCAUCUUAAAUGUAAAGGAAACUUUACUGCAUUGGGGUUCCAUGUCCUAUUCAUUUGCUGGCUUCAGCCAGAGACGUCAGUGGAGGUGCAUCUCGGAAUUCCAAGACGCAGGCAAAAAAAGCUGAGGAUCCAGACCCUGGUCCUUGUGAAUAACAGGACCUCUGAUGACUGCUGUUAUCCUUCAGUCUCCCCACACACUGGCCUACCAAAGGUCCACUAUUGGCAGGGCAACUGACCUUAAAUACAAUCCCGCUUGUAGCUUGCCCAGAAUAUUUGGAAGAGGGUCCACUAAAUUUCCAACCCCAAUUGAUACCAAAAGCUGGCACUGUCCAAUUUCUACCUCAGACAGCUGCUAUUAGUGAGAGGCCAUGAUAUUGAUGGAUUGACUUAAAAAUCACACUGAUUUCUUGAUGUCCUUAAAGGCACAAAGGACACCUUUAUCAGCUUUGCUCAAGGUGCAAUUCCAAUGCCACACCAACAUAGAUGACUCCUUCAUACUCUUUAAGCAGCCUAACAAGUCAUUCAUAUUUUUAAUCACACUGCUCUUGGAGAAAGCCCAUUUACUUCAGAAUAGGCAUUAUAUGUGGGCCUUGCCAGCAAUGUUAAUAUCCUGAGAAUGAAUACUUCAAAUAUGAGAAAGUUAUGAAUUAACAUAUGGAAUAACAAUAUUACAAUGACUGUAUUAUCAAUAUCCACAAUAGUGAAUAUAAAAUUUUAUCUGA